GGUGCCAGUGCCGUAGUUGUGUUCAUCGAAGUAGUAUUGCAGCGAUCGAAGAGCUGGUUCUGCAGGGGCGGCGCUGGUGCCCUUUAAGUAAUAGCCAACUUCUAUACUUAUUUCUUAAAUUUUCCGAGUAUAGAAUAUUGUUACUACGUUAUACUCGGUGCAGGAGAAAAAUGGCAGCGUCGCAUAUUCCCGUCGUUGAUUUCCAGACUUUCAACGAUCCAGCCACCCGAAGCACGUUAUCUCAGCAGCUCGUGGAUGCGUUCUGCAGCACGGGAUUCGUUUAUCUGCGCAAUCAUGGAAUCGAUCAGGAACUGAUCGAGUCAGCAUUCUCAUCUUCUAAAGAGUUUUUCACCUCACCGAUUGACGAGAAAGUUAAGUACCAGCGGCAACCUGGAUCGACCGUUAGUGCCGGCUACGUUGGUCAAGGGAAGGAGAGAUUAACCGCUUACGUGGAUGCCGAACAUGGGAUUAAAGAAAUCCGAGAAUCGUUUGAUAUCAGCGCGUACGGCCUAAAUCACUUGCCACCCACCCUCCCUCUACCCACAUUCGCCGCCCUCUACCAAGCUUUCUGGGACCUCGGCCAAAAGAUCCUGGAUUGUCUCGCAGUGGGUCUGGAUCUGCCGGAUCCCACGGUGUUCCGGCGCAGCCAUACUCGUGUCGCCCAACCUGGCAGUGGCACGAUGUUGCGGACUCUCUGGUACCCGGCGGUGGAGGGCGACGCAGGGGCCAAGGACCAGCUGACGCGUUGUGGGACCCACUCGGAUUACGGGACCCUGACGCUGCUCUUUCAGGACAGCGUCGGUGGACUGGAAGUGGAGAACCGGAAGGAUGAGUUCGUUCCUGCCACGCCCAUUCCGGGAUGUGUGCUGGUCAAUGUGGCCGAUCAUUUGCAGCGCUGGACGGCGGAUCGCCUACGCUCUACACGCCAUCGUGUUGGAUUCGGAGGAAACGUUGCCAAACAGACCAGACAAAGUAUUGCCUUUUUCCUGCAUCCGGAUGAUGAUGUCGUGAUUACGUGCCUGGAUGGUUCCGACAAGUAUCCGCCAUAUGUGGCUAGUGAUCAUCUGCAGGAUAGAUUCAAGCGUACUUAUUAGAAAAAACUCAGACUUACUAGAAAAUUAGUGUUGGUUUGCAAACUCGAUAAUCCAGAGCUAAAUAACUGCAAAAUAUUUUACCGGUGCAUGUCCCCACAUCGAGCCGUUAAAUGCGUUGUUAAUUUUUGCUAUUUAACCAGAGCAAAUUCUCAAUGAAAGUACCCGGCAAUAUUUAACUACGAGUAAAUCAGCUUUUAACAGGUCUAUGCACCCUCGAAUUUACAAUAAUUUUUUGCCGAAAAAAAUAUAUAUCUGCAUAUCUGCGUGCACACGACCGAAAAUGCAAACAACCGAAAUUUAAAAUACUUUGCCUCCGUUAGAAUCUUAUGGACUGAAUAUUCCGGUAUCGUGAAGGUCAACCGUUAAGCUAAUUUUCGACACCCAGAUCCGGAAGUGUCAAAUAAUGACCUAAAAAGCAUGCGCAGCCGUACUUUUCGACUGCUUUACUCGGCUAGUUCUUUGGGAACGGCUCGGUUUACAUAUUUGGCGAUUCAUUAAUCAGAUGACAGAGAGGUGCAAAGUACGAUAAUUCAUUCACGCAAAUGACAGUCAAUUAAAAAUAUAACCUUUAUGACGAUUUCGUCCCUAUCCAGGGCAUUACAAUUAUCCGGAUAAUUUUAUUUCUCAGUAUGUAUAAGGCGAGCUUCCCUCAACAAAACUGAUCAAAUGAAGAAUUUGUCCCAAUUAACCUAUACUCCUAUCCUUCUAUACUCCACAAUUAUCCUAUACUCCAGGUUUUCUUGCCCAUGUUUAACAAACCACUUCCGGUCAAUAAUCGAAUCUUGGUUUUUUUUAAAUUUUUUUCCAACUGAGGAGUACAGAAUUACAUAAUAAUCGUAAGUGUGCCAAAACAGUAAGCCAUUCUCAGUUUCAAAGUUACAGAGCAGUGUAACGUAUUUCUUCGCACCCAUCGCAAAACGCCACAAAGAAAUGAGCGGGAAUCCAAAACCGAUAAUGUAUUCUGCCGGUGCCAUACGAUCCAAUGCACAACUGACCACUGGGCAGUUGGAGUGAAGGGCGGCGCCAAGGGCAGAGGAAGCCGUUCAGUUCUAUCUGCACCGGCACGGCAUGUGUGCAGCCGGUUAUAUGCCGUUCUCAGAGCGGAUAAGGAUGCGCUUCAUCUGUCAUUAUGCUCAUCCAUCCGCAUCGUCACUGUGCAGCUCCAAGUGCCGGUUUCUCCAUCCGCAUCAUAUCCAGUUACCGCCGCUGAAUUCCACACUGGAGUGCUUUGAGCAUUAUCUUCAUUUUCCCGAUUGUCUUCUUAAUACUGACAGACAUCCGUAAUGCAAGAGAUAUUCACAAUCGUUGAUCAAAUUUCACUUAACUGCCAGUUCAUUAUUAUAUGGUCUGGAAUAUUCGGAUUUAUCAUUAUAUCGUCAUUUGAACGGCCUUGUGAUUUUGUGGAAUAAGAACCAAGGAUAAAAUCGUUCAUUUGCAGUUUGCGACGGUGUUUUUUGGCACGGGAUCAAUUAUUUGGAGAAAGGAAUUUUUACACGUAUUGCGACAGCCAUAAACAACCCGGUAGCCUGAACGUUCUGGGAAUUUAUUUAUCGGAUAUUUCAC